AUGACGUUCUCCAAUAUUAUACCCUCUAUCGUUAUUCCCGCUCUUCUUUCAGCUGUUGGCGUACAUGCUCACGGUAUCGCUAGUGCGAUUGUCAUAGAUAGCACCUUCUACGAUGGCUACAAUCCAAGCUAUCAGUGGAAGAGCCCACCUCCUACGGUGGUAGGAUGGUCCGUCCCGGAUGACUUACAAAAUACCUUCAUCGCACCCAACCAGUUCAACACCCCGGAUAUGGUAUGCCACCUCGGCGCCAAGCCGGCAGGUGCGGCGGCUCCCGUGAAAGGAGGCGACGUAAUCGAGGUACAGUGGACGCCGUGGCCGGCGUCGCACAAGGGACCGGUCCUCGACUACCUCGCAAACUGCAACGGGCCCUGUGAGUCUGUCGAUAAGACAAAGCUCAAGUUCUUCAAGAUUGGCGAGGCCGGAUGGGUAGACAAGGCUAGCGACCUGUGGGCGGCUAACGUCUUAGCCAACAACAAUAAUAGCUGGUUCGUACGAAUCCCGGAAGACAUCGCGCCUGGAAACUACGUCUUAAGGCACGAAAUAAUCGCACUACACGCCGCGGGCAACGCGAACGGCGCCCAGAGCUACCCGUUCUGCUACAAUCUCGCCAUCGAUAGCAAGGGCACUGCAAAUCCCUCUGGUAUCCCCGCCACCGAAUUCUACGGGGCCAACGACCCAGGCAUCAAGUUCGACCUAUUUUCGCACCCGACGGCUUAUGUGAUCCCAGGCCCGGCCCUUUACAGUGGCGCGCUCCCUGUGAGCCAGACGAAGCCCGGUCCCAUCACGGCCACAGCCACUGGCGUUUACGCGUUUACUGCGCCUGCGCACGUUAGAGCACCGGUUAUACCGACACCGCCACCGCUUGCUAUACCGACUACACUAGUGUCUUCGGCAAGGGCUGCGUCGCCAGUAGUUCCGCAAGCUACGCAAAUGUUGUAA